GGAGAGAGAGAAAAAGAGAGAGAGAGGAGUUUGAAUCAGUCAGCAGCCAAGCUGUGAGCGCCUCUCCCCGGCAUUGAUUCCCACCCCCCUAAAUCUAAUUUAAUUGCAUUUUUAAAGGGGGUGAGGAAUUGGGGGUGGAGUGGGGGCGCCUGUGCGUGGAAAAUGGGAGAGGCAUGGAGGAGCCAGCCGACCAGUUGCAUCGGGCAAAGUCCCCGCGAGGCAGCCGGCGCCGAGCUGCGCUAAAGACCCGGCGCGCCUGGCAAUUCGGAUCGCCGCCGCCGCCGCCGCCGCCGCUGCAGCCAAGAAGGAGCUGCUCCGGAGUCGGAAGGAGAAGCUCUGCCCGGGCGGUGUUGUGUUUUUUUGGGGGGGUGGGGAGGGCGGAGGAAGAGGAGGAGGCGGCGGCGGCAGCAGAAGAAGAAACCCCAAAUGUUUGGAGGCGAUCCGGAGGGGGCACAGCUUGAAUUUUAGGGGUGCAAGCGGAGGAGCGCACCUGACCGGGACCCCGAUUCUUCGAAGCAAAAGAUCGAAGUCUAUUUUUAUCUCUCUCUUUUUGCUGCUGCUUUCACGGUUUUAUUUAUUUCUUUAAAGGGAAAGCUUCAUUUGGGAUUUAAUUUCACCUUCCACGUCUCCUCCCCCGCCCCCCACUUUUCUUCUUCGAGCGAGGAGUGAAGGGGGAAAGCGCUCUCUCGAAUCGCUUUCUUGGGUUCGAUUCGGAGCCGCUGAGCAAAUCCCUCCUUAUUCCCCCCCCCUUUAAAAAAAGCACAGGUAGUUUUUGGAUUAUAUGGACUGCAAGCAGGUUGGAAGGCGGACUCCAGAAAUGCCUGCCGGUUGAAAAAGAGCCCAAAUCUGAAAUACGGUUUAAAUAAAAUAAAAUAUUUAUUGGUCCCCGCCCCGCAACCAGGAAGACCUGCCGGUGUGGCGGUGGGGUGUUUUUUGGAGGAGUUUUGCCUUCGCGCAGCUUUUUCUCUCAACUGCUUGCCUGCCUUUUCCAAGCCCUCACCAUGACUUCUCCUGGGCAUGGAGCGACGCUUUCCAAAGGCCUUUUUCUGCUGUUGGCGAUCGGGGCCCUUCUCGGCGCAGUGGUGGAAUGCCGAGGAGGUGUGGUAGACAGCAUGCAACGAUUCACGAGCUUGCCGGUGUACCUCCCUGUGAGUUACCACAUCUCCAACACCGACGUUUCCUUUUUCCUAAAAGAAACCAACCAGGAUAUCAUGAGGAAUGCUAGCUUGCAGUCUCGGGUGGAGUCGUUCCUUGUCUACAAAGCCACCAGCUUGCCGGUGUUAAAUGUGACAUACGGCCCAUUUACUGUGGAGCAAACGGUGCCUCCGAACCUCCUGCUGACCUCCACUCUGUUCAGUUUUGCCAACGAGGUCGCUUUUAACUGGAAGCUAAGAUCACGUGUUAUUGACAGCUCCAUCUAUCCCAUCAGGCCCAAAGUCCAGGCUUUGUUCUACAUCGCUGGCAGAGACUGGGAAGACUAUGAACCAUCGGAGAUCUUGCCCUGCGUGAGGAUGAUGGCCUUCCAGGAGGAUAGAGUAGCUGUUGGCAGUUGUCGGUUGAAAGGUCAGCUGGGAUUGUGCGUUGCAGAGCUGGAGUUCUCGCCAAGCUGGUUCAACUCUGCAUUUACAUCUCUGCCGCCACCAUUGGCCCCAGAGUAUCAACCGAUGGCGGACUCUUUGGAAGGGAUCACCGUGGAGCUUUUCUAUUGGGUGUAUGCAGAGGACGGGGAAUGCUCUUCAGAGGACCAGAAACUUGAAAGCCUUCAUCAUCUGGAAGGGCAAGAGGAAGCACAGAUGCCUUUGGCAUCAAUGGAGAGGAUUGGCAGUGUUAUUCUUUACCCAACGCAAGACCGGCUAAAGAAGUCCCUGCUGAAUCUUGACGAAAACCUUGUGCUCUCUUUACCACUCAGUCCUGUCAAGGAAGGUGACCUUGUCAUGUUUCAUGUAUCCCUUGCCAGCGGGUCUCUAGCAGAUCAGUUUACACUAAGGUAAGUGUUGUGGUUUUUAAAAAUGUUUUUCUCCCCUCAAAAGAUAUGUAUGUGCUGUCAUAAAUCAACAGAGCAGAACCCACUUGG